AUGACUCGUGACUUGAAGAACCACUUGCUGUUCGAAGUCGCUACCGAAGUCGCCAACAGAGUUGGUGGUAUCUACUCCGUCUUGAAAUCAAAGGCUCCCAUUACUGUGGCCCAAUACAAGGAAAACUACAUGCUGAUCGGUCCGCUAAACAAGGCUACUUAUCAGGAUGAAAUCGAACAACUAGAUUGGACCGCUGAGGAUUCCUUCCCCGGUGAAUUGAAACCAAUCCAAGAUACCUUGCAUUCUUUGAAAUCCAAGGGUUUCAAUUUUGUCUUUGGCCGUUGGUUAAUCGAGGGCAACCCCAAAGUUUUAUUGAUCGAUUUGGAUUCCAUUAGAUAUCGUCUUAACGAAUGGAAAAGUGACCUUUGGUCCCUUGUCGGUAUCCCAUCCCCAGAAUACGACACAGAGACAAAUGAUGCUAUCUUGCUAGGUUACGCUGUCGUUUGGUUCUUGGGUGAAUUGACUCAAUUGGAUAACCAACAUGCCAUCAUUGCUCAUUUCCAUGAAUGGUUAGCUGGUGUCGCGCUACCAUUGUGCAGAAAGAAGAGAAUCGAUGUCGUUACCAUCUUUACCACUCAUGCUACUUUAUUAGGUAGAUAUCUUUGUGCUGCUGGUGACGUGGAUUUCUACAAUAACUUGGCUUAUUUCGAUGUGGAUGCUGAAGCUGGGAAGAGAGGUAUUUACCACAGAUAUUGUAUCGAACGUGCUGCAGCUCAUACUGCGGAUGUUUUCACUACCGUCUCACAAAUUACCGCUUUAGAGGCCGAACAUUUGUUAAAGAGGAAACCAGAUGGGAUUUUGCCCAAUGGGUUGAAUGUGGUCAAGUUUCAAGCGGUUCAUGAAUUCCAAAAUUUGCAUGCCUUGAAGAAGGAAAAGAUUAAUGAAUUCGUUAGAGGUCAUUUCCAUGGUUCAUUCGAUUUCGAUUUGGAUAAUACCUUAUAUUUCUUUAUCGCUGGUAGAUAUGAAUAUAAGAAUAAGGGUGCUGAUAUGUUUAUUGAAUCCCUAGCUCGUUUGAAUUAUAGAUUAAAAGUCUCUGGAUCCAAGAAGACAGUGGUUGCAUUCAUUAUUAUGCCUGCAAAGACUAAUUCAUUUACCGUGGAAGCUCUAAGAAGUCAAGCAGUGGUCAAAUCAUUGGAAACUACAGUGGAUGAAAUGACAAAGAACAUUGGUAAGAGAAUCUUUGAACAUGCAAUGAGAUUCCCACACAUGGGUGUCACUUCUGAAAUACCUACCGAUUUAACUGAAUUAUUGAAACCAUCAGACAAUGUCCUUUUAAAGAGACGUGUAUUGUCUCUAAGAAGACCAGAAGGUGAAUUACCACCAGUGGUGACCCAUAACAUGGUCGAUGAUGCUAAUGAUCCAAUCUUAAACCAAAUUAGACACGUGCAAUUAUUCAAUAAUGCAAGUGAUAGAGUCAAAGUUAUUUUCCAUCCUGAGUUUUUGAAUGCAAACAAUCCAAUCCUGGGUUUAGAUUACGAUGAAUUUGUCAGAGGUUGUCAUUUAGGUGUCUUCCCCUCAUACUAUGAACCUUGGGGUUACACUCCAGCUGAAUGUACCGUUAUGGGUGUCCCAUCCAUUACUACAAAUCUUUCCGGGUUUGGUGCAUACAUGGAAGAUUUGAUUGAAACUAACCAAGCUAAGGAUUACGGUAUUUACAUUGUGGAUCGUCGUUUCAAGGCUCCUGAUGAAUCAGUGGAACAAUUAGUGGAUUGCAUGGAAGAAUUCGUUAAGAAGACUAGAAGACAAAGAAUUAACCAAAGAAAUAGAACUGAAAGAUUGUCUGAUUUAUUAGAUUGGAAACGUAUGGGAUUGGAAUACGUCAAGGCUAGACAAUUGGCCCUACGUAGAGCAUACCCAGACCAAUUCAAGCAAAUGGUCGGUGAAGAAUUAAAUGACACCAAUAUGGAAACAUUGGCUGGUGGUAAGAAAUUAAAGAUUGCUAGACCAUUAAGUGUUCCAGGUUCUCCAAGAGAAAACAGAGCGGGAAGCACCGUGUUCAUGACUCCAGGUGAUUUAGGUACUCUUCAAGACGCUAAUAAUGUCAACGAUUACUUCAACUUGAGUAUGGAUGGAAGAUCCAUAGAGGAAGAUGAUGAUGAUAAUGAUGACGAUGCUGCUGAAUGA